AUGUCUCCUAGAAAAAAUCAUACGUGUGAAAUUUGUAAAUAUGAACUUUCAACUCUGCAAGAACUUACACAGCAUUAUGUAAGUAAAAAAACUCCAUGCCGUCCACGUUACAAUUCCAGACAAAUACAAAAUAAUGUUUUACCUGAAACAGCAAAGUUUCUAGAUCUGGACAAAGAAGUACCCUGGCCGAUGGCGCAGAGUAGGCUUUUUCAACCUGAUUUUGCACAUAUCCAAGAACUUGAUUUAACCAAUGUAUUGCUAAAAGCCAAAAAUGAAAAGGAAGUUACGGAUGAAGUAUUAUUACAAUGUAAAUAUUUAAAUUAUUCUGAAGAAGAAAUCAAUGAAACAAUGAAAUUUCUCAAGAGUAUGCGAAUUUUCAUAAUCAUAGCGUUUAUAGUUGAGACAAAUCAAAUUGAAGAUAUAGAAGUGCUUGAAACAUUAAAUUUCACAUCCAAACCUAAGUUACAUACGGUAUAA